GAACCUUGAAUGAAUUUAGAAACACGCGGUGGCGCAUUGAAUUUUCCCGGGGAGUUUCGCGCGCAGGGUAGUUACUGGGUUCGGGUAGUGGAUACCGGCUGUGAGGUCUAGAUUUAUAUAUUUUUAAAGAAAGAACCAGUCUUGCUAGCAUGGCAGAAGUAAUGGAGGUUGUAAAUGCUGAUGCUGCGGCUGGAGAUGCUGAGCUCCUCAAAGCCAAGAAGGAUGAAAAGGUUUCACCAGAAGAGAUGACUUCCAAGGACUACUACUUUGACUCUUAUGCCCACUUUGGCAUCCAUGAGGAGAUGCUGAAGGACGAGGUGCGCACGCUAACCUACCGCAACUCGAUGUACCACAACCGGCACCUCUUCAAGGACAAGGUUGUGCUGGACGUCGGCUGCGGCACCGGCAUCCUCUCCAUGUUCGCCGCUAAGGCAGGCGCCAAAAAGGUCAUCGGCGUCGACUGCUCCAACAUCGUCGACCACGCCAAGACCAUCGUCAAGGCCAACAAACUCGACCACAUCGUUGAGAUAAUGAAGGGUAAGAUGGAGGAGAUCACCCUGCCGGUGGAGAAGGUGGACAUCAUCAUCAGCGAGUGGAUGGGCUACUGCCUCUUCUACGAGUCCAUGUUGGACACGGUGCUGUACGCCCGCGACAAGUACCUGGCCAAGGACGGCAUGCUCUUCCCCGACCGCGCCACACUCUUCAUCACAGCCAUCGAGGAUCGGCAGUACAAGGACGACAAAAUCAACUGGUGGGACGACGUGUACGGGUUCGACAUGAGCUGCAUCCGAGAGGUGGCCGUCUCAGAGCCGCUGGUCGACGUGGUCGACCACAAACAGGUGGUGACCAACUCGUGUCUGCUGAAGGAGGUGGACCUGGCCACCAUCACCAAGGAGGAGCUGGCCUUCUCCGCUCCCUUCAGCCUCCAGGUCCGCCGCAACGACUACGUCCAGGCCUUCGUCACCUACUUCAACGUCGAGUUCACCAAGUGUCACAAACGCGUCGGAUUCAGCACAGCGCCGGAGGCGCGCUACACCCACUGGAAGCAGACGGUUUUCUACACGUCCGAUUACCUAACGUGCAAAGUGGGCGAGACCAUCGACGGUGUGUUCUCCAUGAAGCCCAACGCUAGGAAUAAUCGUGACCUGGACUUCAACAUCAGCCUAGAGUUCCACGGAGAGCUGUGCACCGUCAAGGACAACAGGAGCUACAAAAUGCGCUAAGGACACUUAGAGGACUUCCAGUCGCGGUGCGCGCCGCCCGGUCCGCCGACGUUCCGGCCGUCGUCGCCCCGCAGCGAGCAGCCAGAAGCGCGGGCGUCACACGGCAGUCGCAGCUCCGACCGGCCCCGAGCGGCGCGAACGCUUUUGAAACGUGUACUUGGACCGUCGUGGAUGUAUGGGGACAACCGACCCCUGAAACGAUACGUUCCUCUCUGGCGUCGGUCGACUUUGGACGGAUUUUCUCUCGCUGGCCGCCCUGUGUACGGUCCUCGCUGACAUGUCAGACGGUUGUCGCGCUGUUGAUGGUUCGGUCCGCGGCAGUCCCGCCGCUGACUGGCGGUGAGGCGGCAGCGGCCGGGCCCGCCGCUGGCGCGCGCACUAGUUACGGGUCGCCACGGCCCGCCUGCUGUGAUGUAGUUCCGCACAGUCCGCGCGUCCCGCCCGACCGCACUCCGGCCCCCCAUUCGGCGGCGGCCGCGCGCUGGGCCGCCGCAUACUAUGUGCUCGUGCUUUCGUCAUCAAUAAACCCAUAAAGUAGA